AGGCAGCGGAGAGACGUACAUGGGAGGUUGGGAGCUGAUCUCUCUAUAUAUGAGCAGGAGGGGAUGGACUGGUGAGCGCUCGGUGGGAGACACAAUUUUUUUCGUAUCCCACUAGGAACGAGUGGCUCAGAGCAUUCCAGUCCUGUUGUCAGAAAGGGGGCUAUGGGGAAAGAUUACUAUUCAGUUCUGGGCAUCGAGAAGGGGGCUUCGGAGGAGGACAUCAAGAAAGCGUACAAAAAGCAAGCCCUGAAGUGGCACCCGGACAAGAACAAGUCUGCCCAUGCAGAAGAGAAGUUCAAGGAGGUGGCAGAAGCCUACGAGGUGCUGAGUGACCCCAAAAAGAGAGAGAUCUACGAUCAAUACGGCGAGGAGGGACUCAAAGGAGGACCUGGUGCACAAAAUGGACACGGAGGAAACUUCCACUACACCUUCCAUGGGGAUCCCCAUGCCACUUUCGCUGCAUUUUUUGGUGGAGCGAACCCGUUUGAGAUCUUCUUUGGAAGAAGAAUGCCUGGGGGCCGAGAUGAGGAGGACAUGGAGCUGGACAAUGAUCCCUUCACAUCAUUUCCUGGCUUUGGCAUGAAUGGGUUUUCAAGAGAAAAGAACCAAGUUGGUCAAAUACGGCGGAGGCAGGACCCACCUAUAAUUCAUGAGCUAAGGGUAUCAUUGGAGGAGAUUUACCACGGAUGCACUAAAAGAAUGAGAAUCUCCAGGAAGAGGAUGAAUCCCGAUGGAAGAUCCGCACGGACUGAGGAUAAGAUCCUUACAAUCGAGAUAAAGAAAGGGUGGAAAGAAGGCACCAAAAUCACAUUCCCCAAGGAGGGAGAUGAGGCACCCAUGACCAUUCCGGCCGAUGUAGUUUUUGUUAUUAAGGACAAGCCUCAUGCGCAUUUUAAGAGAGACGGCUCAAAUAUUGUGUGUCCUUUACAGAUCAGUCUGCGAGAGGCUUUGUGUGGCUGUUCCAUCACUGUGCCAACUUUAGACGGUCGAAACAUCCCCAUGACAAUAAAUGAGGUUAUUAAACCGGGAAUGAGACGGAGGAUUAUCGGGUACGGACUCCCUUUUCCAAAAAACCCAGAUCAACGUGGAGACCUUCUGGUCGAGUUUGAAGUCAUGUUUCCGGACAGCAUUCCACAGUCGGCAAAGGAAGUCCUGAAGCGGCACCUACCCGUGUCCUAGAGGCCGUAGGGUGAUGAGAAGGCAACAUAAGCACAUUCAUAUAAAGCAAUGUUUCCCAACCAGGUGCCUCCAGCUGUUGCAAAACUACAAAUUCCAGCAUGCCCAGGCAGCCGAAGGCUGCCUGGGCAUGCUGGGAGUUGUAGUUUUGCAACAGCUGGAGGCACCCUGGUUGGGAAGCACUGAUAUAGAGGAAGCCUCCAGACAGACUUCAAGAUCCUGAACCAUGUGCUCAGCAGGACACUACCACAGUGUCCGGAUGGAGAAUGUGUGUUCAGUAUGAGGACGUUUUAUACUGUUGCCAUUUUUCGGUUUCACAGGCUUACGGGUGUUUCCUAUAUGAGCGUUUCUGUUGCUUGCGAUAUAGCAUAUUAUUGGUGAUGAUGCAAACUCUUCAAUAGUCGUAGUUCUUGCUAUUAGAACAGUGUUUCCCAACCAGGGCACCUCCAGCUGUUGCAAAACUACAACAGCUGGAGGCACACUGGUUUUGCAACAGCUGGAGGCACACUGGUUGGGAAACACUGCAUUAAACUGACCAGCGUAUUCAGCAUCGGACUUCAACCCUUUCAGUGUUAAAGACGCUUAGGCGUUAUGUGAGUUCCAUAGUUUACACACAAAAGGGAGAUUAUCUUUUUUCAUACCAAAUUGCCGAAUUUGGACCUGACCUCUUCUGGGUAUGUUAAAACAGAAUCUUGGGCAAAUACAGUUCGUGAAAGAAUACAUGGUGAUUAGUAAGUCCCUUCUGUCUGCCAACUAAUAGGGUUAUCUAGAACAGAGUCCCCCAACCCAGUCCUCAAGGCCCAGCAACAAACCAGAAUUUGGCCAUUAGAGAAGGUUCUUGGGUGUGCAGUAUGACGUCUAGAGCAGAGGUCCCAAACCAAGUCCUCAAGGCCCACCAACAGUCCAGAAUUUGGCCAUUAGAGAAGGUUCUCUGGUGUGCAGUAUGACGUCUAGAGCAGAGGUCCCAAACCAAGUCCUCAAGGCCCACCAACAGUCCAUAAUUUGGCCAUUAGAGAAGGUUCUUGGGUGUGCAGUAUGACAUCUAGAGCAGAGGUAUCAAACCUAGUCCUCAAGGCCCACCAACAGUCCAGGAUUUGGCCAUUAGAGAAGGUUCUUGGGUGUGCAGUAUGACGUCUAGAGCAGAGGUCCCAAACCAAGUCCUCAAGGCCCACCAACAGUCCAGAAUUUGGUCAUUAGAGAAGGUUCUUGGGUGUGCAGUAUGACGUCUAGAGCAGAGGUCCCCAACUCAGUCCUAAAGGCACACCAACAGUCCAGGAUUUGGCCAUUAGAGGAAGUUCUUGGCUGUGCAGUAUGAAAUCUAGAACAGAGAUCCCCAACCCAGUCCUCAAGACCCCCCAAACAGUCCAGGAUUUGGCCAUUAGAGAAGGUUCUUAGCUGUGCUGUAUGAAAUCUAGAACAGAGUGCUCAAGGCACAUCAACACUCCGGGAUUUGGCCAUUAGAGAAGGUUCUUGGCUGUGCAAUAUAUAGUAUAGAGCAGAGGUCCCCAACCCAGUCCUAAAGGCCCACUAACAGUCUAGGAUUUGACCAUUAGAACAGGUUCUUGGCUGUGCAGUAUGAAGUCUAGAACAGAGUCCUCAAGGCCCACCAACAGUCCAGGAUUUGACCAUUAGAGAAAGUUCUUGGCUGUGCAACAUGUAGUCUAGAGCAGAGGUCCCUUGCCGGAGGUCCCCAACUCAGUCCUAAAGGUCCACCAACAGUCCAGGAUUUGGCCAUUAGAGAAGCUUAUUGGCUGUGCAGUGGAAAGUCUAGAACAUAGAUCCCCAAUCCAGUCCUCAAGGUCCACCAACAGUCCAGGAUUUGGCCAUUAGAGAAGGUUCUUGGCUAUGCAGCAUAUUAGUCUAGAGCAGAGGUCCUUAACCCAGUCCUCAAGGCCCACCAACAGUUCAGGAUUUGGCCAUUAGAGGAGGUUCUUGACUAUGCAGCAUAUUAAUCUAGAGCAGAAGUCCCCAACCCAGUCCUCAAGGCCCACCAAUAGUCCAGGAUUAUAUUAAUAAUUUGAGUGAAAAUUCAAAUGGAAUUGUUUAUGGUAGGUAAUAAUGGCGUAAGGAUCCAUUGUAGAAGAAACAACCUGUGUAUGGUGUCAAAAAGUAUAAUAAAGCAACUUAUUUAUAUAAUGUUAUUAGCCAUAGUGCACAGAUCUCUCCAUGUCAGCUGAGCUGUCAUCCCUUCCCAGGCUGUGAAUGCAGAGAACUUGCAUUUCUGCCCCCCCUCCCCAUCUCCCCUCCUGUCUGUUGAGGACCAUUGAUGUAAAGAGGAGUUGCUCAUAUUACUGCUCAUUAGAUUUGAUGAUAGCAGGAUAGCCUCUCUCUGAUAAAACAGCCUUGAGCCUGUUCUGAUGAAAACUACCGUGAUUGAGAAAUGCUGUAACACCUUAAGGACAUUGGGCAUACUAUCACCAAUGGGGCUAAUGCCAGACCUUUAGGUGCCGGGAUCAAAGUUGAGUCUUUAGGUGGAAAAUUGAAAGGGUUGAGGCUAUAAGAAGUUGAGGAGGAAAAAAUGAAAGUGCAAAAGUAAAAAAAAACUGAUGUCCUUAAGAGGUUAAUAUCUAAGGUGCAGUAAGAUGAGCUCCCCUCUUCACAUCAAUGGUCAAGUCCUCAGCAGACCGGAGGGAAGGGGAGAGCAGGGAUGGAGCAGACUGCUUGUAGAGAGUGUGACCCGACCUUACAGCUCAGCUUAUAUAGAAGAUAUGUGCAUUGUGGCUAAUAACAUUGUAUUAGUAAGUUGCUAUAUUACACUUUUUGACACCAUACAGAGGUGGUUUCUUUUGCUGGACAACUCCUUAAAGGGUAUGCAUCCCCUAAAUGCAGACCUUGUGGGUGCUGUGGGGCUUUGGAAAGAGGGGACAAAGUCCAGCGCUUUUUGCUAUUUUGCGGCAAUAUCAGGACUACAUUGUUAGCACAGAAGGGAGCAAGGUCAUAAAAAGAUCCGCCUAUUCUUCAGUGUACAGCACUGGGGUCCAUGUUAAACUUUACAGGGCUGUGUUGUAAUACACAGCUAUAGGUAGGAUCCUUCCCACGGUGCUGCUCCUCUUCAAAAACCAGUUGUGAUUCCAAGCUUUGAACUUAUUUUUGAAAAUAGCACAACACAACGCGUUUCAGGGAUAUAUCGCCCCCUUCAUUAGGUCAGUGCUAUAUGACUGGGGUCCAUGUACAUAUUAAAGGAGAUAUCCAGUGCUGAAAAACUUAUCCCCUAUCCUAAGGAUAAGUUUCAGAUUGCCCCCCCCCCCCCCCCGCGAUCUCCUGUACGGGGCCCCGGCAGCCCGCGGGAAGGGGGUGUGUUGACCCCCGCAUGAAGCGGCUGCUGACUCGCCCCCUCAAUACAACUCUAUGGCAGUGCUGGAGCGCUGCCUUCGGCAAUCUCUGGCUCUGCCAUAGAGUUGUAUUGAGGGGGCAUGUCAGCCGCCGCUUCGUGCGGUGGACGACACCCGCUAUCUGACCAAAAAGCCGGUACCCCGUACAGGAGAUCGCGGGGGGCCCCAGAGGUCGGACCCCCCGCAAUCUGAAACUUAUUCCCUAUCCUUAUUAUAGGGGGAUAAGUUUUUCAGCACUGGACUACCCCUUUAACUAACUUUCCAAAUUAUUAUGACCGUAAGGCCUCACCUGGCAGAGCUGUGGGCAAAUAGCCUAUACAAAGGCAAAUGUAGUCCCCAUCACUUCAAAUGAUGUACUGCUGUACUGUGCCCUACUUUAAAGGGGUACUCCGCUGCCCCAGCGUUCAGAACAUUUUGUUCCAAAUGCUUGGAGCAGGUGGCGGGGGGGGGGGGGGGGGGGGUCGUGAUGUCACGGCCGCUGCUAUGUGAUUUCACACCACGCCCCCUCAAUGCAAGUCUAUGGGAGGGGGCGUGGCGUGAAGUCACAAGGGGGUGUGACCGUGAUGUCACAGCCCCCAUUUUAAAGGAAUGCUGGGUGCUGCACAGAGAUUGUGGGGGUCCCAGCUGCGGUACCCCCGCGGUCAGACAUCUUAUUCCCCUAUCCUUUGCAUAGGGUAUAAGAUGUCUAGGAGCAGAGUACCCCUUUAAUGUGUUUGAGGGAGAGAAAGUUCAAGCAUGUUAGAUUUCAACAGUGGGAGCUGAGAUUGGUUUCACCACCAAUAAUGGUCCAACCACCAACGUUCUUAUACACAUGAGGCAGUUUAGGCUCUGUUCACAUCUGCACUAGUCAUGAGCCAGAUUCCAUCUUUUUUGUUGGGAAAAAUAAUUAUGCGUCAUUGAUCUUGCUCCCUCGGAGGCUAUGGGCUCUCAGACACUACCCAAAUGCUCUAAACGUCAGUCUACCCAUAGAAUAGUGGUCUCCAACCUGUAAACCUCCAGCCAUUGCAAAACUACAACUCCCAGCAUGCAACAGCUGGAGGUCCACAGUUUGAAGACCACUGCCCUAGAAUUUAUUUUGGUUUCUUCAGGAGAUAAGGGUUUACCACCAGAGUUAUAACGGCUGUGGUGAAGUGGAUCCGCUGAGCCUGUGUGGAUGAUGGCGUGGGCCGUACCAGGGAGCUGAGUCUAAGGUGCCGUUGGUUUUCACCAGAGCCGCUGCAAAGCGGGAUGGACUUGCUGCUGCAGGUGGCACCUAGGUCGCUACUUCUGAUACGAAUAGUCUACACAGGGUGCCGAGAUGAAGCGUGGCACAGGAAGGAUAAGGCAAACUCGAAGUUGGGGACAGGCAGGAAGGUCAGAACAGGCGGCACUGGAGCGUGGACAGGAAACGUAUCACGUGUGCCCCAGAGGGCAGAUACCCACACGCUGGUGACCUGGCACAGCGGAGGAAGCAGGAGCUGAGUAACGGCCCGGCGUUCGCAUGCGGGCGCGACUCGCGAUGCGAACCACGGCACCGCCGACAGAGGAGGACGAGGCAGGAGAGGGCUCGCGGCCAGGGUGUCUGGCCAGAGCGCUAGUUGUAACAAGAGUCUUAUCUCCAUCUUCCUACUAAAUGAAAGUCAACAAGGUGUAGGCAUAUGGGGAAGUCAGGGAGACAGCUGUCAAUCUAUCAAGUGUUUGGCUGACAGCCACCUUGUGUAUAAAGUUUACCUCCGAUUAUAAACUUUCUUCAAAUCAAUAAAAAGAAAGUAAAUCAGUAUACAAAAGGCAGAGCUUAGACAGAUCACUGAGAGAUCAGGUUACAUCAGCUACCCACAGACGAGAAUAAAGAGGUAAGGGGGAAGGAACAGCUGCAGAGAAAACAUACAGAGUCUGCUGCAUCUAGCAAGUGUCUUGCCGACUGUACUGCUUAUUACUGCUGUAUAAUGUCCACACUGCUUCAAACUAUGCUGCUGUGAAUCAAGCAUUGAAGCGAGAUAGUACAACACAUGUAAGCAGCAGCCGCAUCCAUGUACUGUAUCUCUAUCUCCCUCAUUGUGCGGUGGCCCCCCAUUUUCCUUCUGCCCUUUCCAUAGACGCUUUUAAGCAGCUGCUGUAAUCUGAUCUCUCAGUAAAUUGAUGAUCUUGUCUUCAUUUCUGCCUCAGAUUUACCAGUGAAUUUAAAGUUAGUGUUCAGUGUCUGGGGGCAGGAGGAAAGAGGUCUGAUGAUUGGAGAAAGAGGUAUUUUUCUCCAGUAAGAUAUGUUACACCUCUAUUGAUUUAUAGAAAGGCAAAAAGCAGAACUUAGACAAAUCACUGAGAGAUCAGGUUACAUCAGGUGCUUAUAUACAUGGAGGUACAUACAUAUAGAAGGGGAGUAGGCAGCUACUUACUUGGCUGAUAAUAGGGCCUAGAGGGGCCCCCCUUUAGCUAUUUGCCUAUGGGCUGUGUUUGUUAUUGCAGCAUUCAUUGGAGUGCAAUACCAGAUACAGCCCAUGAAUAAGAGUGGAGCUGUUUCAGAAAGACUCACAUGAACAAUCACAUGAUCCCUAAUCCAUUUAUGCCAGUGGCUUCCAAACGGCGGACCUCCAGCUGUUGCAAAACUACAACUCCCAGCAUGCCCGGACAGCCUAUGGCUGUCCGGGCAUGCUGGGAGUUGUAGUUGUGCAACAGCUGGAGGUGUACAGUUUGGAGACCACUGGUCUAUUUGUUACAGCAUAUGUUCUGCAUACUAUUGGUAUCCAUUCUUAUUUUAGGCAAACAAACAUGGUGAUGGGACUAGGCAGGACUCGCUUCACUGUUAUGAAUGUACUCAGGGACAUCGAAAAAGUCAAAAAAAAAAAAAAGUCAAAAACCCCAUAAACUUCAGGAGAUUUACCGCCAGCAGUUUCGGCAGCUACCAGCAGUUCUUCACCCAUUUCCAGUUCCAGUACUGUCAUACGCUCAUCCCAGUGGAAUAGUAGUUAGGACUAUUGUAAUGCACUUUAAAGAACAUAUAUAGAAAAAAAAAAUUAUAUAUAUUUGAAAAAAGAAAGAAAGCCUUGGUCAAUGUAUACUUUAUUUCAGAAGGCAAUGCAAGCUGAAGACGAUUUUUUUUCUGUGCCUUUUAUUUGUUUUUAUUAAAAGCAUUUGCUUUGU